AUUUGAAGGAAGGGGCAUAUUCAAACGGAUUCUCAGACAUGAAAACUAAAGGAAAACACCCAUCAAGCUCAAAGUAUGAGAGAGGUAUGGCUGAGACACAAGUUUGUGGAAGUAAUUUAAGUAACGCACACAGAGAAAUUCUAACAGCUAUGUGGGACUUUGAACAGUGCGAUCCGAAGCGCUGCUCAGGCCGCAAAUUAGUUCGUUUAGGAAUUACAAAGUUGUUACGGCUGAACGAAAGCUUUGGAGGCAUUGUUCUUACACCUACUGCGACUUGUGUCUUAUCUCCUGACACUGAUCGCCAGUUGAUGUAUAGUGGUGGGAUUGCUGUAGUGGAUUGCUCUUGGGCUCAAUUGGAGCAGACUGGAUUCAAAAAGUUGAAAUUUCAUCAUGGACGUUUACUUCCACUUUUGAUUGCAUCUAAUCCAGUAAAAUACGGCAAACCGUUUCAAUUAUCAUGUGUUGAGGCUCUGGCUGCAAGUCUUUAUAUUCUUGGUGAACACAAUCAAGCAACUGAACUGUUAAAUAAGUUUUCUUGGGGUCAUCAAUUUUUAACAUUAAAUGACCAACGGUUACAAUCUUACGCGAAAUGUUCUACUAGUAAAGAAAUUCUCUGUUUUCAAGAACGUUUUCUGGAUGAAAUAACGCGUGUAGAUAGCUCAAAUACUGAAUCAUAUGCUGAUAUUUACGCUGAACUAGAUAAACAGAUUUCAGCUGAUUCUUCAAGUUCUGAGUGUUGUAGUUCAUCAGAUGAUUUCACGGAGCAAGCAACAAAAACUCAUUCACCAAGUACGUUUAAAUAUCCCCACUCACUUACUUAAUUACCCACUUUACCCCUCGUGGAUAACUAAAUAGUUUCAUUUUCACUCGUGAACAAUACCACUAGAAUUGUAUACCGGAUGGGUUGUUUUCCUCUCACCCGAUGGUCUUUAUGCUCUGUCAAAGCAACCAGAUUAAUCCUAUUUUGGGAGAUGGUGAAUUAGAUGGUUGUAGUUAAUGGAUAGAAUACCGUCCAUCUUGAUCGCAUUCUAAUCCACACUAGUUAGGAAGGGCUAUCUAUAGCCUCACGAACACUUGUAGAUAUUUAAGUUUGUGUUUCUGUUACAGUUACAAGUUAUUUAUAGUACUAUCAAAAUAUUGUAAAACUGAAUUCUUUAUACUAGUCGAUUAGUAAAGUGAUCAGUUUCAUGUCGUCUAGUUCACAUUACUGACUGAAUUCUGUUGAUCAAGUUUGGAUUGUAUUCGAAACUACUAGUCUCAAUAUUUUCGUGGCAUUGUAUUGUAUUUUGUGUUUUUUAAUUUUAGUCUAGCUCACAGUAACAUUAUGAAGUGAAUUAAUCCCAAAUACAUCCAGACUAUUUACAUUAUGAAUGGCUAGUGUAAGGUGGCAAACACACCUCGUAUAAAUCAGUAGUUUUAUGUAGUAAAAGGCAUUUAUCCCCGUUUUGUACUUGUGUCAAUAGUGCCUGUGCUAUUUAUAUCUGAUUCCCAAUAAAAUGAUUGGACAAACUUAUCUGUAGUUGCAUGAUUUAGUCUCCUAGAUUAUUAUAAUUUCUAAUAUAAACCUAGCUGAAAUAUGCGUAUAUCAAUGAAGACCAGUUGUUUACUUUUGAGAAAAGUGACAUUAACGGCUUAUGUAAUAGUAGGAAACAUGUUCACCCAUGUGCAGUUUGGUGAUAAAAUAUAGGUAAAUUGAGAAUCCAGUGAUAAACAGAGAAAAUCAACGAGAUCCAAGCAAUAACGCUACUGUUACCACAGCUGUGGUUUACGAACCAUUCUAUCUAGAAUAGCCCAAUUCAGAUAAACUAAUUCGAAACUUCCGUUUGAAGAUUAAACUCAACAAAAAUGUAUUUUUUACGAUAGAAAGGAAGAUAUUUGUUUGUAUGUUUCAUAUUCCUGAAGUACUUUCUUAUUGUCUCCUACAGUAUACCAAAAAUAUUUUGACCGUCCUCAGUAUUGAAGUCAACAUAAUAUUACCUUUUUAAAAUGUUUCUAAAUAUUAUUUACUUCUUAUUUUCAAUUCAUCAUUUUGUUCAUAUCGUUGCAAUAAUGAAUGUGUUGGCAGUGGAAUUGUAGUUCCCUUUUUUCUAAAAUGUCUCAAUAAUGGUAAUCGCUUCAUUAAGUACAAGUCGUAGUUAGUUUUCGAUCCUCAGCAAAACUAAAUUACAUAGUAAAUAGUGAUAGCGUUAUUGUCCUUUGUCAGUGCUACGGACACAUUGAUAACUGAUGAGGUUCGGAUUACAUAGCCUGAGUAUCAUCAAACAGUAAUACAAUUUCAUCCUCAUACUCAUGGUUGAAAAGUUUUCCUCCAGGUAAUGGAUUCACACCAUUCACCACAUACUUCAAUCAGAGCUAUUUCCAGAAUGUCAUCAAUGGAAAACUUGGAGAGUAGGGGUGAGAUUGUACAACCCUGUCUAACCUCACUAGAAUGGGACAAUUGAAAGAGGUGGUUGUGUCGCCCUUAAUUUACCUGAGGUGUUUGCAUACAGAACUUUCAAUAUUUCAGUAAGCUUCCCUGGCACACCCUUCUUCAACAGAGAACAGCCCUGUCUAACGAAUCGAAGACUGUCCCAAUUUCAAGGAGCAUAACAAUUGUUGACUUGGAAUAAGUAUAGUGGUGUUCUAACGUUCGAUGGAGAGCAGAGAUAUAAUCAAUACAUUCUCGACCUAAAUAAAACCAGCCUGCUCCUCAUGGGUUUCGAACAAUAUGUGAAGCAUGAUGGAAGUCAAUAGUUUGGAAGCAACAGGGAGUAGAUCUGUCUCCUGAUAUAUGCUGCAUACAUAACGUAAAUUCUGUUUAAAGAUACCGACGACUGUCGCUUCAUUUCAGGAUGUUGGAACAUUUUAAUUCUCAAACUUUUCCAAACAAUUCAGUCAGUUUUCUGACCAGAAGUCCCCCACCACUCUUUAAAAAUGGUUUGUGGCAAGUAGUCUGUGCCUCGUGAUUUAUAGCGCUUCAGGAAUUAGAGUUCCCUGUGGAAUUCCACCUCUUCAGGUGGGUCAGUCGUCACCGGCCAUACCGAACAAGACAAUCUGACAACUGUCACCUGGGCAGCAAACCACAUGAACUGUUCCUCGAUAAGCUCUAAUCAUUGUCUAAGAUGUCACUAAGUAUUAUUGAUCUGCGUCCUAUCAGCUUUGCAUAUUGUUCCACUCACAACAGACCUCAUGCUCCUAGUGGCUUGGAAGAGUUGAGAGAGCUGCCAUCAGUUACCAGAUGCAGCUGCUGCUUCCAACUCAUUAACACGCUCUGGCCACUGGGCCUCUCAGUCAUUACUCAAACUUUGAACAAUUUCAUUCCUUAGAAAUUUACGUUUAUUGUCAAACUCUCGGUCACCCGGAGUAGACAGAUGUGCUUCAAUGAGUUGUAAGGAGCCUGUAGAAACAGCGCUUAUAAGUGGGACGUUUAGCGAAGCUGCAGGCGUCUUUACUCGCCAUUUUCAUGGCGUCACGUAUUUCAACCAGUGCUUAUCCAUAAAUUUUAUUGGGCUGAUAGCUAACCAUAAACCUAGCUCGGUUUGAUAUUUAGGUACAAUGUCAGUCAGUCAGCUACAACGUAGGACCAGGCACAUAUGUGCAUCGGUCCAGGUUGACAUACCGCAUCAGCACAACAAGAUGAACACCAGAUUCAUAGCAGUGGUUAGGUCACGGGUGGUAAUAUAUAAGAGAAGGAUUGCAUAUAGAAAUAUAGUACAAGAAGAAAGAAUUGGUUCGUAAAAAGAAAAAUAUGAAGUGAUUUUAAUCUCUUAGUUUAAGGGAAGACAAAGAGUGUAUACGCCGACGCCAUUGUAAUCGAUUCUGAGCCAUGUCACCAAGAGUCUCCAUUGGUUACGAUAGUCACGCGGACCCCAACCAAGUAGUCUGCAUCUACCAACAUGGCUCAGACUACAAGUUAGUGUCUUCAAGCACUGAUGCCACGUUUUGGUUUGGCCGCCCCUAACUUUCUUCCAACCAUCUCCAAUACCGGAUAGCAUUGCACGUCGUGGUAAUCGGUGUUCAGGCAUACGUAACACGUGGCCCAACCAUCUCAUUCGAUGAAGAUUUGCAACCUCAUCAACUGAUUUACCAUCAUCCCUUAAUACCCAGAGUCUAAGCUCACCAUUACUUACCCGGUGAUCCCAGCAGAUGCCAGCAAUAUUUCUAAGGCAUCUGUGGUCAAAUACAAUGAAAAGUCCAGCUAAUUCCUUUGCAUCAAUCCGUUUGAGACAAUUUCUGUUGUUUUUUAUUUUUAUCUCACUGUAAUGAUGUAAAAUAUGGCGAAUUGAAUUAACAUACAGUUUUAUCAAGUUCUGUCUUUAUAUGACUGACAUUGUGAUAAUAACUGACAUCUUAUUCAUAUCAAUAAUCACUGAAAAAUUUCUAAAGUUCUUGCUAGGGUUCUUAUUCCCAAGUAUCAUUGUGUGUAAAAUAAUAGGCUUCGCUAACUGAUGUUUCAACAGUGUCAAUUGCAGUUAUGAUUUAUGUUUCGGAGAUAAUUAUGUAAGAUCCAACAGUAUCACACAUAACUAUCCCAGAAACUGUGCAAUUCACCAAGUGUUCUGCAAUCUCUAUAUCCUGAAUAAAUGUGAAAAUUUUGCAAUUAAAAUACCCUGUUCAGUUAGCAAAUGAGAAUAUUAGAAGUAUAUUGGCAGACUAAAUAAACAGACAAUCAUCAGAGCACAACCAUAUGAUUUAUCUCUAAGAUUCAUGGGACUAAAAAGUACAAGUGACUUCAUCCUCCCUCAAACAAUAAUUUUAUCCCAUCGAAAUCAAAUACCGACCAACGUUAGACCACCAUCGGUAACCUAGAAGCACUGGAUAUCUGUUUCGUCCUAGUAUGGGACUCCAGCAGUGCACAUCCACGAUCUUGCACACGGGGUUCCGACCCAGGACCUUCGGUAUCGUGAGCGAACGCUUAAAUUCUAGACCACUUGGCCGGAAUCCAACGGCGUUAAUGUCUAACUUCAACCAAUCCACGUUGUCGCGCUACCAUUUUCCAUUAUCUUCCGUUGAUAACUGCUUCACACCCGACACGUUUGAACUCCACUGGUCACGGCAUCUCACUAGAACUUUGAGAAUUCCCUCUCGAAGCCAGUCAGUAGAGAGCACAUGUUAAUUUUCAGUCCCAUACUAGGACGAAACGACCGUCCAUUGCUUACACUUUUUCAAUGGUAGUCUAACAGUGAUUGAUUCAUGAUUUCAGUGAAAUUCGAUUAUCUUCACAACCCCAAUCUGAAAAUAAUUUUAUGAACUUUAAAAUUAUACUAUUUCUGUUUCUGCCUAUUUGUAUGAAAGGUUCUUUAUGUCAGUGUCCUAAUUAAAUUCAGUAAAAUCAUUUUACUAACCAACUAAUAAGUGGCUAUAAAAAAUUGAUACUGUAAAAUUUUAACAUUUCUAUAUUUCAACUAAAUCAUUAUUUUGUUUUGUUACGUAUAUAAAACUUCCACUCUUUGAUCUACGAUUCACAGCUGAUGAUAAUUCUGACCAACAUGAUCCCCCUAUGAUUGAAGGUGAAAAAAUAAACAAGGCCAUCACUAAACAAAUCGAUACACUGGUUAGUUCAUUUGAACGAACCAAACUUUUCAAAGAAUGUGGCAAAAAUUGGGAUCGCUUCUACAAGCGUAAUGGUGUUCGAUUUUUCAAGGUUUUUAUUACUUGGUAUAAUUUUCAUUUUAAUUUAUACGAUUGUUUAAAAUAAAAUUUGGCGUUGAUAAUAUGUAUAUAUAUAACGUAGAUGGUCCAUUACAAUCUUAUUUCCUUUGCACAUGAGAUCAGAAGAACGUAACUUGUCGUUUGACGGAUAUCGUACUAAUUGUUUUAUGUCUUGGGAUGCCAACCAAUGUCACGUGUUAAAUUCACGAACCAAAGUUCUAAUUUUGUUUAUUCCACUUCUGUUAUUUAUUUUAUAUCCUAGUGUCUCAGAUUUAAUCAAUUAUACAUCUGACCAACACGGCUGACCUCGAGCUAACACCGCUAAACUCCUAUUAAUCCGUUACUCACAAGCUUUUCUCUACACCCUGCAUUGAGUCCAAAAAGUCAGCAACCAGUUUCCAUUAUUAUUAUAUUUCAAACGCAAGUGGAUUUACAUAUAAAAAUACUGGACUGCAUCGCACCAUAAAACGCAAAGUCACAAUUAUACAUAAAAGAGCCGAAAGUGUCUGUGAAUAAUCAAUUUGCAAUAAAAAAGGAAUAGUAUACAGCUCACUAAUAGUUAAUGGAUUAAACGAAAGCGUAAAAUAAGCGAAAUAUAUAGAUUUAGUAAUCCACUUACUUAUUAUGCAAUAGAAAUAUACAUAAUAGUAAUAACAAGACGAAAACCAAUCCCAAAAGUUCCAACUUUUAUGAUAUCACAUAGUGACAAAUGUCACUAUGCCAGUCAGUAGCAUCAAAUGAAUUCAUAAAGGCUAUUGACGUAACCUUAAAAUUUAAAGCCAGAAAAGCAUCAGAUCCAGUAAAAAGGUUUUUAGGGUUUUUUCCGCGAUAGUGUUUUGUUUGGCACGCCUAUUGGAUCUUUUACGAUUGACGACAGCCGUGUCACAAGCAAUGCUCCAUCUACCAACUCUCCGAGUGCUCAGGGUAUUUUGUGCAGAGUUCUUGUUUUAUUCAACGUUCUGGGGUGAAUAAGCAGACGAUAUUAUGUGACUAUUGUCUCUGUAGAACGUGUCAACCAGUACGUUUGAAUUAUUUCUGGAAGUAAUGUACACGAAAAACGUUGAACGGUAACAAAGGUAUUUAGUCCAUUGAUAUCAUUUUUAGUUUCCAUUUGUACGUCAGUAUAUUGAACAGAAAGUUUCCACCUUUUUCUGUUUCCUUGAGAACAACUUAUUGAUGACAAAGGAAAAGCAAACUCAAGCGUUCAAGCUACGUGCUCAACUACUUCUGCAGACUAACAUCAACUUCGUUGAAGCCACGCACAGGGUUAUAAAGAUGUAUAAUUUAAAGCGUACUGCUUUACGUUGUGCAUUUCAUUUGUUUCUGCGAAGUAGCUACUGGUUGCAGACAAGGUAUCAUCAAGUGGUCGAGGAUUUUAAGAUAGUUACUGUCCGUAACACUCAUGGUAUGUUUGACUUAUGAAGACGUAUAGGUCCGCGCUCUUGUUAACUUACGAAAGAUGGGAUGCACACAUACAUUGAGCAAAUUUUUAGCCAAUGGGGAAAUACCUUUGCAGUACGAGACUUUACUGAACGGUAUACUAUCCGCACGAAUACCAUGAAGUGUAACUGCUAUUUCUGGUGCGCAACGCAGUUACCGUGUAGGCAUUUGGUUGCCUACGCAGUGCGGUUUAAUGAUACAGUAAACCGCAUAAGUUUUUGCAAAGGGUGGUAAUUAUUAUUUGCUGACUCAUUGUAUCCAAUAAACAUGCUGCAGAACAUCCUAGACACCGGUUUUGCAGCUGACGCUAAUGGAUUUCGCAAGAUUUUCGAGUAGUCUUGUGAUUAUUCACCAACAGUUCUGCCUGAUAGUUAAUUUAGUCCUGCAUAUGAUAUGUGGUUUGGCGAUUCUAGUCCCAUUGUACAAAUUUGCUUCCAUUGCCCCUUAAGCACUAUAAAUCACCCACAUAGUUCGAACAAGGUUGUUACCUACGACUGAAGAUUAAGAAAUACCAGUCAACAAUGAAUUUCGCCAUAACGUAGACCUAGGUGCCUUUGUUUCCAGCAGUGACUAUGAUCACAUUAAUAUGGUAAGUCGUAUUUAUUAAUUCUCAUGCUAGACUUGUUUUUUACGAAAAUUCGAAUAAAAGUUCAGCACUUGAAUUGCUUCAAUGGAAACAACUCGUCGUCUAAAGAAGUUAUAAAACUUUCAUUUUAUACCAGUAAUGCACAAGGACGUGCCGAACUGUUGAUAAAAUGGUUUAAACUAAGGAGAUUUCUGCCUUAUCGACCAACAGUCCAGAAUAUCAAUUUCUGAUUUAAUCAUUUACUGAUCGUCAAAGAUGAAAUCUAAAUCUAUCGAAUCUUAGAUACGGUCUUUAAUUUUCCUACGCUCAUGAAUUUUAUCACUAGUUUUAAACAGCCUCUUUAGCUAAUAUCUUUUACAUUGUCAUUUCGAAAGGUGAAUUCAUUUUACUAAUCAUUGCCAAAUCUCCUACGUAGGCUACUGCUUGUUGCACCACAGUUCAUUUAUCCUAAUGCAAUAUUCUACUCGCGUGAUGAUUAAGUUGGUAUUUUAUCCUUUACAAUACUGUCAGGGAAUAACUUUCUUUGUUUUUUUUUAAUCUAAAAGGAUCGCCAUUGGACAACACGCGAGUUUACAGAAUUAUCAUCCUUACAUAACAGAACUCCAAGAUCUCUUCUUGAAGUCGGUUGCGGUGUUGGAAACUUUCUAGUCCCUUUAAUUGAAAGCAUGCUUUCCAUUUCAAAAGCAGGUAUAAAUAUAUCAGAAGAAUCUUGUCGUGUUUCAAAAACAAACGGUUAGUAAUCAUUAAUUUACACAUCAUAUGACAUCAAAGCGGGGAUUACUGUUUGUUUCUAAAUAAUCUAUUCCAGUAAAUUAGGUCAUAAUUGUAUUCUGAACUUGGCGAUGCUCCUUUUUAUUGAGAGUCUACUUUUCUUUGUUUUUUCCCAGAUUUAAAACAUGUUUAUUAAACUUCGCAAAUUAUCAAAUACUUAUCUCUCCCACUACCAACAAAACAUUCGGAAUUCAAAACAAUUUUAGGUUCAACAGUCAUAUUCAUCAAAUGAUUUUUUCGCACUUACAAUUUUCUUAUAGCUAGUAAACUUAUUUAGCAUGAUACUAUUCUCAUUAAGUUUAUUUCACAAUGUCAUUUUUCUCUGUCGAAUCUGUCAACUUACAUCUAGGUUAUACUUGCAACGGUACAUCUACCAAUAGUGUUGUGUUACAAAGUUUAUCGAUAACAAUGGUUUAGUUUUUCUCAACUCUUAUUCUUAUUAUUAUACAAGUUGAAAUCAGAUUGUUUAUCUUAUUGACAGUAUCAUAGUUGUCGACUCUUUGAACUAGGAUUAAAAUGUAACAUUUACGAUUUGAUGUAUUGACCGUUCAUAACUACCGUCCGUAUCUUGUAACAGAAAUUUCUUGGCCCAUUUUACCAUUGUUAUUUAUCCGAUCAUUUCUCGUCAUGCCAUUCAUAUACAGUUGUUUGUUACAAAAUACAUAUUGUGGAAAGAGAUCAAGAAUUUAGUCAGUCAGUAACAACGUAGAACUUCGUACGUACGUACAUCAGUUCGAGUUGCCACACCACAUUAGCACAGAGAUGCAGUGGUCGAUUCAAAUCUCG